AUGAAUGAAAAGUACCAGAGUGAAUACCCCAACUCGAACUAUUUGAGUAAUUUGAAUAACCUUAAUCAAACUAAUCAAAGUAUCGAAUUAAAUAGAUUACCAACAUUAGGGGAAAUUUUAUCGAACAAAACCAAAUCCCCAGUGGAUUUAUUCACAUUUUAUAAAUUUAUGAAAGAGAUAGAGAACAAAGUUGAAUAUUUGGACUUUUGGUUUGAUUUAGUUAAUCAUUUAAACUUAUGUAAACAUUAUGUUAAAGGAUUAAGAAAUUCGUUAAUAAAGAAUAAUAAUUUCAGAAAUUCUAAUAUACUGGAGAAUCAUAAGAGUCUUAGUUCUUCAGUAUUGUUGGAUAUGAUUCUUAACGAUGAUAUCUUACAAGAUAACGAUAGCAAUAGAUUAUCACAAUUUUUAAGAGGAGAUUUAAAUGUUAAUGAUCCAAAAUUAGUCGACUUAAUUAAUCAAUAUGAGGUUGAUCAUCCCGAUAAACAUGAAAAGUAUGGUGACAUUAGACCUCCAAGUGGAUUUUCCUCCAUAGACCAUAAAAGGAUAUCAUCCCAUUCAAAACUCAUGGACGAUUUCAAUGACACUGAUAUGAACCAUGAAACUGAUUCCCCUAAUUUCGAGAAGAGAAAUUCCAUUAAUCCUUCAUUACUUGAAAAGAUCGUAAGGAACUCACCUAAUUUAUCAUCAAACUCAAGUUUCAUUACUAGAAACAAUUUAAAAGAAUCAACCCAAAACUUAUUAUUAACUUACUUUGUUGAUGAUGCUGAAAAGAAUUUGAAUUUACCUACCAAUUUAAAUAACCAAAUCAUAAGGUCAAUCGAGGUUGAUGGUAGAGAUGAUCCUGAUAUUUUCAAUAAUGUUAAAUCAUACAUUUUCUCCAAGAUUGAAAAUGAACAUUUACCAAAUUUCUUGAAUUUCAUUGCUAUCAAGAAUUUGAAUUCAAAUUUCUUAAGAAUCAUUAUUGGUUUAAUCUUUUUAUUCAUUGCAUUUUGGAUUGGUUAUGUCCUCAUCUUUUUAAACUAUUCCAAACCCAUUCGUAUACCUGUUUUAAUACCUUUCCUUAUUGGAUUUUAUUCCAUAAUAUCGUCAAUAUACUUAAUUGAUCCCAUAUUAGUUUGGUUCAAAAGAUCACAAUCAUUUGAUUCCAAAAAACUAGUAAAGAUAAAAGAACCUUUCAUUUUCAAAUUAUUAUUCAAAAGAAGUUUAUGGGUGACUUUCCUCAUAUUGUUAUUGACUGCCAUAUUAACUUUAAUAUUUUGUUUAGUACCUGGUCAUAGAUUAUAA